UUCUCUGUAGCAGCUGCUGAAAAUGGAGGUUCGAGCAACAAAAGAUAUUCCCAUAGGGCAAGACCUCAAUCCUCCAAUCCCACCCCUUUCUCUUUCCCUCCACUAUUCCACUCUCCUCUCUCACUGCUCUUCUUGCUUUUCUCCUCUCCCUUCUUCUCCUUUCUCCCCUACAAAUAAUCCCAGCCCAAAUCACUUCAUUCGCUACUGUUCCCUUCAAUGCUCUUCUCACGACUCCCCUCUUCAUUUCUCCUCUUCAGAAUUUCACUUCUUUCACCUUUUCCCAGAACCCCUUUUCACCACCUCCCCUACUUCCACCGACCUCCGCCUCUCCCUCCGCCUCAUCCACCGCUUCCAGGAAGCAAGUGGGUCUUUCUCAAAUUUGGAAAGAAUUUGUGGGUUGAUGACAAAUUUCAAAAAAAUUAUGUUCUUGGAAGAACAACAGUGCUACAACGAUGACAAUGAAGAAGAACUUUCUGGAAGAAUUCUUGAUGGGGCAAAGGCUAUGGCUAUUGCAAGAAGAACUCGAGAUGGUUUGGAUACUAAUGUGGAGUUAUCAGCUGCGGAGUAUUCUGUAGAAGCUGCAGUGCUCUGCUUGGUGCUGACUAAUUCGGUGGAAGUUCAUGAUAAGGAUGGCAGAAGUUUAGGAGUUGGUGUUUAUGAUUUAGCCUUUUCGUAUAUCAAUCAUAGCUGUUCUCCAAAUGCUUGUUACAAGUUUUGUACAACAUUGGAUUCUGGUGGAGAAUUGGAGUUUAGAAUAUGUCCAGCAGCUUCAGAGACUGGUGCUGCUGGUAAUGAAAGUGAAUCCAUUAUUAAUGGAAGUGAAUCAUGUGGUCCGAGAAUAGUACUUCGAAGUAUAAAGGCGAUCCAGAAAAGUGAAGAGGUGUUGAUUACAUACACUGACUUAUUACAGCCUAAGGUGAUGAGGCAGUCAGAGUUGUGGUCGAAGUACAGGUUCAGUUGCUGCUGUAAACGAUGUAACGCAAUGCCUACAACUUAUAUAGAUCACUGUCUGCAAGAAAUUUUAAGUUCAAAUCUCGGUGACAACUUUGAUGGGAAUCUUGUAAUGGAGAAGCUGGUGGAUUGCUUGGAUAAUGCUAUAGAUGACUUUCUCUCAUUUAGUAACCCCAAGUCUUGUAGUGAAAAGCUCGAGAUCCUGCUUACUCAAGAUCAUGUUGACAUUGUUCUGACACCGAAUGGUGAAAACAUACGUCAACUCUUCAGAUUGCAUCCUCUUCACCAUGUCUCUUUGCAUGCCUACAUGACACUGGCUUCUGCAUAUAAAGUCGUUGGAAGUGACCUGCUGGCCCUAGAUUCUGAAAGUGAUAAACAUCAAUGCGAAGCUUUUAGUAUGAGCAGAAAGAGUGCAGCAUAUUCCUUGUUACUUGCUGGUGCAACCCACCAUUUAUUAGAAUCUGAAUCUUCUCUCAUUGUGCCUUUGUCAAAUUUUUGGGCGACUGCUGGUGAGACCUUACUAAGUCUUGUCAAAAGCUCAAGGUGGAACUCAUUUGCAAAGGGGAGACAGAUUGAAGAAAUUAUAUUUUCGUCAUGUCAAAUUUGUGGCAAAUGCACGCUACUUGAUAGGUUUAGGGAUACUUGUGCAAAUAUUCAUGACCGAAAUGCAGAAUUUGCUGAGAUAACUAGCGAAUUUUUGAACUGUAUUACCGAUAUAACACCAAAAAUCUGGGGUUUUCUCAUUGAGGAAGGUGGUGGUUACUUGAAUGUAGUCGAGGAUCCCAUUAACUUUAGAUGGCUCGAGAGUAGAACGUCAUCUGUUACUCAUUUUGCAACUCAUGCUACAAGUGGUAAUGCAAAGGAAACAAAUUCCGGAUUUGAAGUAGUACAAUAUCACAGAGAGAUGAGGGUAAAUCUAUUCCAGCUUAGUAUUCACUGCUUACUCUAUGGAGCAUUUUUGUCAACUAUAUGUUUUGGUCCUCAUUCGCCACUGAUGUCUAAAGUCGAAAAUCUUCUAAGUCACGAAGAUAUUCUGAAUGGUUAAGCCAUUGGUUGCAUAAAAAUCCCAUGUAAAUUGUUUGUAGUCCUUCAGUUGUUGAGUUGCAUGAUAAUACACUGAAAUCUAAAGCUAUUUUCUGGGCA